GAACCAAUGCCCGGGGAGGUGGCAGGUGGCCGAGUCCCAGACCACGCUGGCCCCUGCCCUGCCAGCGCUGGCACCUCGGGGACCGGACACACCUCCCGAGGAGCACAGCCGGGGGCUGAGGCUUUCCCUUUAUAGCUCCCGGCCGCUCUGGUGCCAGCCUCACUGCAGGACGGCGGCCGGCAGCCCCUCCGCCGCGAUGGAGCGGGCUCCAAACCUGCUUCUCCUCUGCAUCUUCACCUUUGCCAUGGUCCUGGUUCCCGAAGCGAAGGACCAAAGCAAGGCAGCCAAGGGCAGGAGAAGGGGCCUGGCACGGCCUCCCACAGCCACCCCUGCCCUCGCCUGGGCCCUGGAUGACCCCUAUACCACCAUGGCAGACUACGAGCGCAGCAUCCAGGACAUGGUGCACCAGCUGAGGAACAGCUCUGAGCCAGGUGACACCAAGUGCCAGGUCAACUUGAGGCUCUGGAGGUCCAACCGGAGGAGCCUGUCCCCCUGGGCGUACAGCAUAAACCACGAUGCAACACGGAUCCCAGCAGACAUCCCUGAGGCCCGAUGCCUCUGCACUGGCUGCAUCAACCCCUUCACGAUGCAGGAGGACCGCACCAUGGCCAGCAUUCCCAUCUACAGCCGGCUGCCUGUCCGCAGGCUGCUCUGCCCGGUGCCAGGAGAAGCAGGGCACAAGCCCUCUGGGAAGAAGAAGUGUCACAAGAAGUACCAGAUGGUCAUGGAGACCAUUGCUGUGGGCUGCACCUGCAUGUUCUGAGAUAGCAAAGCUAACCCCUGCAACUACCUAUGGGCAUCUAACCAGCUUGUUCUUGCUUCCCAGCUUGCCCAGCCCUCUGGAAGAGGGUCACCUCGCUGAGUAUCAGGCUGAUGGGAGACCCUGUGCAAGGUGAUGGCAACUCCAAGUGCUCCCUGAAAUCACCCUGCAGGCUCCAUCAG